AUGAAAACAGGAAACUUUUCAGAAUCUACAGAAUUCCAUCUCAUGGGACUCUCAGAUAACCAAGAACUAAAGACUGUCCUAUUUGGAGUGUUCCUGUCCAUGUAUCUGAUCACAAUACUUGGGAACCUUCUCAUUAUACUGGCUACUGUUUAUGACUCCAAUCUCCACACCCCUAUGUACUUCUUCAUUUCCAAUCUGUCCUUCAUCGACAUCUGUUUCACCACGACUACCAUUCCAAAGAUGUUGGUGAACAUACAGACUCAGGUCAGCUCCAUCAGUUAUACUGGUUGCCUUACCCAAAUCUGUUUUGUUCUGACUUUUGCUGGACUGGAAAAUGGAAUCCUGGUAAUGAUGGCCUAUGACAGAUUUGUGGCUAUCUGUCAUCCACUGAGGUACACUGUCAUCAUGAACCCCAAACUAUGUGGAAUACUAGUUCUGUUGUCCUUCCUGAUAAGUAUCCUAGAUGCUCUGCUGCACACUUUGAUGGCACUGCGACUGUCAUUCUGCACAAAGGUGGACAUUCCUCACUAUUUUUGUGAACUGGCUCAUAUUCUCAAGCUUGCAUGCUCCAAUAUUCUCAUCAAUAACAUUCUGGUAUAUUUGGUGACAAGUCUGUUGGGUGUUCUUCCACUAUCUGGUAUAAUUUUUUCUUAUACUCGAAUUAUCUCCUCUGUCUUAAAAAUUCCAUCAACUGCUGGAAAAUAUAAAGCUUUCUCUAUAUGUGCAUCACACUUAAUAGUGGUUUCCUUGUUCUAUGGAACAGGGUUUGGUGUGUAUAUGAGUUCUGCUGGCAUUCAUAGCUCUAGGAAGAGUGCAAUAGCCUCAGUGAUGUACACAGUGGUCACUCCCAUGAUGAAUCCCUUUAUAUACAGCUUAAGGAAUAAGGACAUGCAGCAGCUCAUACCCCACCUACAAAGUCCAGUAAUUUCUGCUCCAUCAGAUACAUGCCCACAGUACCAUCUAAGUCAAGCCUGUGCUCCACGGUCCAGAGCUAGCUGCAGGUGGCAGGGAGAUCUUUCACAGAGCAGCCUACUCGAAUCUUGUGGCUCAUGA